AUGGACUUUUGGUCGCGCCUCCUAGCCGGCACCUCGUUGUCUCCCUCGGCCCAUCGCAAAGAAGAAGCGAAGAAUCCAACGAAACGCUUGCACCGCUUCGACAAGGAGUACAAUCGUAUUUUGCAAAUCUGGCGAUCUUCGUCCAACCUCGCCAACGAUGUCGAUGCUGCCGAAAACCUUGAGAUCCGCCUCCAGGAGCUCACAAACAUCCUUACCGACGAGUCCCGACGACCCCUCCCCCAUCCCUGCAUCCAAUAUGCAGCGAAGAAACAAGUUUACGUGCCCAUUGGCAAGAUAGCGACGACGUCCUACAACGAAUGGAUAAUCAAGGAGGCUGUGCUGUUUUUCGCAACUCUACUCGAGACGGAAGAGGAGGCAUUUGUCGAGAACACUACCUUCUCCGCCAGCCUGACGAACCUCCUUGUUCGCAUCACUGGCGUCAACAGUGUCCGUCUGGGGUCCGACACCGAGGCCAAGGUUGUUGAGCUGGCUUUUAACAUCACCACAAAGAUCCGCCUCAACCGGGACAUCCUGCACGCCUGGUUCAAGAGCCACCAUGAUGGGACCCCCAAGGAUCGUCCACAGGACGAGCACGACGCUUUCGCUGGGCGGACUCAAAGACAGGACUUUCCGCUGUUUUACAUCCUGAUGGACUACAUCCACCACGAGGGUAAGGUUGGAGACUUUGCGAGGACGGGCCUGUUAUAUAUCAUCGAAUCGGCAUCGAGCGACGAGUCUCUUGAGCAAUGGAUCGUCGAAAGCGACCUCUCCACACUGAUGGCAACCGGCUUGGGUGCGCUCUACAGUCAGCUGAGUCGCAAGCUUGUCAUCGACUAUCCUUCUAACGACCUACCUCCUGUUCUCGCAUUAUCCGAUUACCAACACCCGACCUCCACCUUUGAGAUCAUCAGCUCAUGUUCCCCCGACUUCCAGCUCCAUCUCGAAACCUUCCUGUCCCAUCUCCUUUUCUGGCAGGAUGUGCUGGACCACUGCAAAUCGGUGGAGGUCAAGCAGACGCUGCUGGAACACUUCCAGGUCAUCUUCCUGCAGCAACUCUUGUAA